AUGGCGCAGACAAAAGAGACUGUGGCCACCACGCCGUCGCUGCCAGCGGAGCAGCAAGAGGAGAAGCCUGCAGCUUCAGUUUCCUCUGCAAAGCUUCAGCGACGCUGCGUUCUUACUGUCGGUGACGGGAAUUUUUCGUAUUCGUUGGCGCUAGCCAAACAGCACAAGAAUCAGGGAAAUGACACACCAGUGCAGUUGACUGCCACUUCCUACGACAGCUACAACGAACUCGUGGCUAAAUACCCGGAAAGCAAACGUAUCUGCGGUCAAUUGAAAGAGUUGGGAGCCUCCGUGAUGCAUCGCGUGGACGCUACGAACCUCCGCGAGUCUCUCGUGGCAGCAGGAGCAGAGCAGCUCACGUUUGAUGCGGUGGUGUUUAACCACCCGCACUGCGGAGAGGAGAAUGUCCGUCGCCAUCAGAGUUUACUGUCGCACUUUUACACGUCAGCGUUAGAGAUAUUAGAGGACAGCGAGGAGGAUGAAGGGAACGGAAUUCUAUUGACAUUGGCGGAGGGGCAGCCGGAACGUUGGCAGGCGGUGGAGCGAGCAUUGCAAGCCGGACUGAGACUGCAUCGACGGGUUGACGAUGUCGACAAUGACGCGGUCUUUGGGCUCAAGUAUGAGCGCAAACGACACCAGAAUGGCAAGUCGUUCCAUCAGGUGACACUGCAUGGCGAGAGGAAGAAGCAGGCGAGCACGCUCUUCAUUUUCCGCCGCCAAAAUAAGGCUACAGAAGCUGCAACAGGUGAGGAUAAAGCAACUUCAACAGAUCCAGCAGUGACUCUGGAGAGGAAAUCGUCACUAUCUCGUAAGCGCAAGGCGGAGAGCGAACUGCCUUUCGAGUUUGCUUGCACUCAGUGCGACAUGAGCUUUAAGUCCGCACAGGGACUGAGGACGCACGUGCAUAUGGUGCAUGAGUUGGAAGGCGACGCAAAAGCCAACAAGGUUCUGCUCCCGUGUGAAUUUUGCGACCGGACUUUCAAGAAGGAGGACGCCAGAAGACAGCACCAACUCGCCAAGCACGGCAAGGACCCGCUCAUCAGGCCAGACUGGUACGAAAAACAACAGACUGAAGCAGCAAAUGCAGCAUCGCGAUACAGUGAUAAGGUAGUUGCAGCUGCUGCAUCUUUGACAACAGAUUCCGACCCGAAGACUUGCUCGAUCUGCCUCCUCUCCUUCACCACAAGUGAAGAUUUCGAUGCACACUGGCAGAAACUGCAGCCCCGUGCUUCAGCCAAAAGAAACUGCCCCACGUGCAGUCGUGAAUUUGACGAGGAGCGCGCUCUGCGUCAACAUCAGAACUUCUGCUGA